ACAAUAAGGGUAACAAUUGACUUGAAGUACUGCUUUCUAACUGUACGAAAAAACACCUUAGUGUCAUUCAUAAAUUUUUAUAGUUUUAGACCUAUUGGUAAAAGUGGGCGAAUGUAUCAUGUCGCCAAAGUUAGAUCCUGCACAGCGCACAUACUCUGGAGCUUGCAGCUGGCGCUUGCCAGGGUAUUGCAAAUGACGAGUAAAUUUGGAUUGUCUAGACGGUUGUUUCACCCCCGAACCUCAGUUGUCCGUGAGACGAGUUGUCCCACAUAUAUUUUUCCAUGUAAUAGGGCACCACUAAAUACCAUGGCAUGGGAGCGCUGGGAGCAAGUCGAUGAUAACAUGCGAGCCAAAAUGGCGCCCCUGGCCUGUAGUGCAGCGUGGGCCACCAACUCGUGGGAUCAAGUUGAACGUUACGUGUCUGCCUUGCCGGCUGAUGACAGUUUUGAUGGUGCAUUCUAUCGGGCAGUCUUGAACAUUCAUUCUGGUAAUUAUACAGAGGCCUGCGAGCAUAUUGUGAAUGCUCGUAACGUAUUGGAUGCAGAUCUAACCACAAUGGCUGGAGAGAGCUAUGAUCGAGCGUAUGCGGAUUUAGUCGGCACCCAGUUACUCUCUGAGGCAGAAGAAGUAAUCCAAUACAAACUGGUCCCGGAACGUCGUCCUGUGUUACGGGAGGUGUGGCGUUCUCGUCUGCGUGGCUGUCAAGCCGUGGUUGAGGAUUGGGGUCAAAUCAUACAGCUGAGAAGUUUGGUCAUGAAGCCCCACGAAGAUUUAAAGACAUGGCUGCGUUUUGUCGGUCUCUGCCGUCGAAAUGGGCGAUUUGUGAGUGGUCUAUUUGGUUUUUACCGCAGUCACUUCGUCGGUUCCACUUCUCCAUCUCCUCAUGGCUUGAACUCAGUCCCGGGAAAUACUCCCCCUGCUUCGACUCAGCCAAUUGCGGAGCUCGUGCGCGCUAAAACUGAUCUCCAGCGGUGCAUGGAGUUACAUGCUGCUCCAUCCGUACGUGGGUUCGUCAACUCCAUAAGUUUGUCUCCGUCCGAUAGUCUUCGCCUGAUCAAUCUACUCUUUAAGUUCGGACAUCUGGCUGAAAUACGUGAAGUGAUUCGUGAAGGUUUGACCAAAAUCAGUUUGGAAAAUUGGCUACUGGUUAUCCAACAGUUGCUCGCUCGCAUCGACACCCCACGUGAAUAUGUGGCCAGUAUCAUUAUCGAUCUACUAAUUUCCGUCGGUCAUAGAUACCCCCAAUCCAUGGUUUAUCCGCUUGUAUUGGCGUUCAAAUCAGGAGGAUCCGAUCGGCGUCGGUACAAUGCUAAUCGUAUUCUCUAUAGCAUGGAAGAGCAUAGUCCCCGUUUAGUAUCAGAGGCUUUCCUGUUGAACGAGGAACUGAUCCGUUUAUCGAUUACCUGGGUUGAGUUGUGGUUUGAAUCGUUGGAAGACGCCAGUCGAGUCUACUUUGGAGAGAAAGAUAUUGGAAAAAUGUUCCGAUUGCUCCAUCCCCUUCACCAAAUGAUGGAUCGUGGACAUGAGACGAUUCACGAAGCCACAUUCCUGCAAGAGCAUGGUGGUGAAUUAGCCAACUGUCGCGUCUGUUGUGAAACAUUCGAGCGUACUGGAGCACGUAUUGUCUUGCAACAAGCCUGGGAUCGGUACUACACACUGUACAGACUGACUAACAUGAGUACGUUGGAACUCUCCGUAGCGUCACCCCGGUUGCAUGAAUACGGACAGGAUUGGCAGUUGGCUGUCCCCGGCACCAUGGUUAACUUUUUUCUAUGCGUUUCUUUCCUCACUCUAGGCUCGAACGGACAUCAGUACAUGUUCCUCCUGAAAGGACAUGAAGAUACACGACAAGAUGAACGUGUAAUGCAAUUUUUCGGUCUAGUCAAUACUCUGCUCAUGAAUAAUGCGGAAACACUGAGGCGUAACCUAACAAUUCAACGAAUGUCUGUCAUUCCAUUGUCGACCAAUACGGGUCUAUUCGGUUGGGUCCCCAACAGUGACACAUUGCACAGCCUGAUUCGAGAUUACCGCGAAAAAACCGGGACAGUGUUGAACAAAGAAAAUCGGGAGAUGUUAAUACUGGCUCCGGAUUUCGAUCGGCUAAACGUGAUUCAGAAAACUGAAAUUUUCGAAGCUGGUCUACGCGAGUCUUCUGGACGUGAUUUAGCUAACAUCUUAUGGUUGAAAAGUCAUAGUUCGGAGGCUUGGUUUGAGCGACGGACCAAUUUCGUACGUUCAAUGGCCACGAUGUCCAUGGUCGGCUACAUCCUUGGCUUAGGAGACAGACAUCCAUCCAAUAUCAUGUUGUCUCGUGAAACCGGUAAAGUAGUGCAUAUCGAUUUCGGUGAUUGCUUUGAGGUGGCCAUGAUGCGUGAAAAAUUCCCGGAGAAAGUGCCAUUCCGCCUCACGCGAAUGAUUAUCGCAGCCAUGGAAGUUACAGGUAUUGAUGGCGUUUAUCGUCAGACUUGUGAAAUGGUUUUGUCCUUGGUGCGUACUCAUCGUGAGAGCCUGUUAGCCGUGCUGGAAGCUUUCAUCUACGACCCCUUGUUACAGUGGGUGCUACUGGAGAACCGUAAGGACUUCACACACUUGGACAAUAAAGUCGAUGAGGGUGCUGGUGGACCCGGUGCCGCUGGAGGGACUGCAGUGCUCAGACCACCGCUGCGCGACGUCCCACGGAUCGUACUGGGGCCAACAACACAAACCAACAGCAAACAAAUGCCUACGAACAUCAAACUUACAAUCAAGCGCAUUCCAGUCACGGAUCCACGCGUUGCUCCAAUUCGCCCCGGCGAGUAUUCACAAAUCCCAAUCAUCCUGAUAGCCUGUCACUCCGCGAUCCGCACAAAAUUAACCCUUGGAGACAUCAUCUGUGUAACGGUCCCUGGUUUGGUUGCUACGAAACAGGUGAGUGUCUGUGCCUAUUCAGUACACACUUCUCACCUCAGUUGCCCUGCUGGACGCCCGUAG